CCUGGAAAAUUUCGACUAUGAAUAAUCUAAACAACACUGAUGAGAUUGUGGAGUGCCCACUGUGCAUGGAGCCAUUGGAGGUUGAUGAUCUCAACUUCUUUCCCUGCACUUGUGGCUAUCAAAUAUGCAGAUUCUGCUGGCACAGAAUACGUACCGAUGAAAAUCAGCUGUGUCCCGCAUGCCGCAAGGAAUACCCCGAGAAUCCAGCUGAUUUCAAGCCCCUCAGCCAGGAGGAAAUGGUUGCCUUUAAAUUCCAAAAACGCCAACGCGACCAGAAGCGCAAGCAGGAGAUCACCGAAAAUCGCAAACAUCUGGCCAAUGUGCGUGUCGUGCAAAAGAACUUGGUAUUUGUGGUGGGCUUGCCACCCAGGCUGGCGGAUGCUGAGAUCCUCAAGAAGCACGAGUAUUUCGGCAAAUAUGGUAAGAUUCAUAAAGUAGUUAUUAAUCCUAGCACAACGUAUGCGGGCGUGCAGGGUCCCUCGGCGUCAGCCUAUGUGACUUAUGUGAACAAUCCGGAUGCUCUGAGGGCCAUACAGAGCGUCAAUAACAUAAUGAUCGAUGGCCGUCUGAUAAAGACUAGUUUGGGCACCACCAAGUACUGUAGCCAUUUCAUGAAGAAUCAACAAUGCCCCAAGAGCGAUUGUAUGUAUCUACAUGAAUUGGGCGAUCCGGAAGCUAGCUUUACCAAGGAGGAAAUGCACCAGGGUAAACACCAGGACUAUGAGAAACGUCUGCAUGAAGCGUUAAUAGCUACAACGGGCAGUAAUUCGACAUCAAGUGGGGGUUUGGUAUCGACAACAACAACAUCUUCAUCUGCAUCGUCCGCUGGCAUACUGAGUGGCAAUAGUAAAUCAACGGAUUCUGGUUACAAAUCGAGUGGCAUUGUGACCAGUAAAUCGGCCAAUGCCAUUAACAAUGGCCACGACAGUUCGGGAGGUGGUACAACCGCCGCAGUGGUCAAUGGCGGAGGCCAACAUUCAACAGCGGAGGCGUGGCCCAGUUUAUCAGUAUCACCGGUUAGUAAAAAGGAGAAUGUUAAUCCGGCGAAUGGGGGUCCCAAAAGUAAAAAAGAACGACAAAAACAAGAAAAGGCAAAACCGGAAAAGAAUGGCAAAACGAAAAACAAAAAUUCCAAUUCAAACACCACCUCCAACAAUAACACCAACAACAACCACAACAGUAAUAACAGCAAUAAUACAAAUCCUGCAAGCAAAGAUUCCGUGGAGGCAACACACAGCAACAACAACAAAUCAGCAGCAGCAACGGCCGGGGCGGAUAGUGACAAGACAAGAACAACAGACAAAGAACGGGAUCGAAAACAACAACAACAAAGCCACAGUGCAUCCAAUAAUUCCCAAAAUCAAAGAAAGGAAGAACAGCAGCAAACAAGAAGCGAAACAGUUGAGACCAGCAAAACCAACUCCAAAACAAAGACCAACAGCCAGCAGGACAGUAACUGCAAAAGUCAGGCUGCAACCAGCGAACGAGACAAAUCUAAAAAUGAAUGCAAACAGGAAGUUGCAGCAACAACAACAGCAGCAGCACCCACAUCAACAACAACCUCAACAACAGAAAACACGAUGUACGUCUCUAAUAGCAGUAACAGCAGCCUUAGUAGUAGUAGCAGCAGCAGCAGUAGUAGUAGCACUAGCAAUAGCAGCAAUAGCAGUACCGCCAGCAACGGAAACCUAAGUUCGGAAACAGCCACACCUCAACAAAUACAGAAAUCCAAUUCCAUUGAGGAGUCUUGCAAUACCAACAGCAGCAGCAGCACAACAACAUCAGCGACAUCAACUGCAACGUCACCAUCCGCAACCACACAGAUCACAGCAACAACAACAGACUCCUCAGCAGAAAAAUCUGCUACAUGUCCAUUCACAGAAAGCAUUGAGCGCACAGCUGCCAAUAUGCCCGAUAACUUUUCCGUUUUUGGCAAUAAAAACAAAUCGCCCAUGUAUAAUGGUAUAAAUUCCUUAAUAGACAAUGCUGAAGGUGAUAAACCCAAGAAUUCCAUAGAUAAUACACAGCCUGUGACACCUCCCACAACAACUGUUGCCGCCGAUAUGCCCAAGCUGAGCCUAUUCGAUGACAGCAGCUUCUUUAGUUUGAAUUCUGGCAAAAUGCCCCAGCUGCCUCCGCUACAACAACAACAGCUGCAACAACAACACACCGCUUCAUUAUUAAACAACACCGCCAAGCUACUGGAAGAUCCCCUGUUGACGGGUCGCACCAUGCCCAAUUUACCCGACCUCAUCAAUGGUAUUGAUGGCUAUCAGAGUAAUUUGAAUUGCAGCAAUGAUUGGGAGGAUGCCUUCAAGAGUGUCAUACUUAAGACAAACAAACAAAUGGAAGAGAAAAUGCAACAACACCAACAGUUCCAACAGCACCUCAACAGUCAUCUGCACCUCAAGACACAGGAAGAUUUACGUAAAUUACAGGAAUUACAGAAGCGCAACAUUCUCCUGAAUUCGAUGCGUGCGUCACAGUUGGGUGGACCACUGGGUCCCUUGGGAGCAGAUCUGGGACGUCAUUCGCACUUUAUGGCCCAACAAAAUCCCUUGUUGCAACACCAACCAAAUCUGUCCACGGAAAAUCUUUUGCAAAAUUCAGCGCAGCUGCAAUUCGAAACAAAUAUGUCGAAAUUCUUCGAUUUUCACAAGCAUCAACAGCAACAGAAACUGCAACAUUAUGGCGGAGGUAUUGGUGGCCCUGCAGCUGGAGGUUUGGGAUCGCUUAGUGACAAUUUCCACAUGAUGUCCUUAUUGGAAAAUAAACCAUUAAAUUCACAGCUUUUGGAUCCAAAUUCUUUACUGAACUCACAUCUGCAACAACAGCAACAGAAACAAAAACAACAACAACAACUCUAUGGUAAAAUGGAUCCCAUGAUGCACCACCAACAACAGCUGCAGCAGCAACAACAGCAACAGGCCCUUAAUAAAAAUCUCUCCAACAUGCACGGGAAUCAGAAUCAUCUGAAAUCACAAUAUCUACAGAAUUCCAAUGCCGAUGAUGACUUGGGCUUUGAUCCGUUCAUUGAAACACAGAAGGCUUUGGCCGAACUAAUUGAGAACGAGGAGGAACAGCAGCAACUGCAACAGCACAAUCAUGUGCCCACGUCCCACUCCAAUCCAAUUGGUCCACCCAAACAGCCACAGACACAGCCAACGCCUCCACAUCAAGAUCCCAUGUUGGAAUAUAUGCAAAGAUUACGCAUGCCUCCGCCUGGCUUUGGCCACCACAAUAGCAAUAUGCCCGGCUAUGGGGGCAUGGAUCCACGCAUGCACAGCAAUCAGAAUAGUAAAAUGUUGCCUUUUAUGAAUUUGCCUGGAACAAAUAAUGUCGGGGCUGGUAAUCCUCCACAUAUGGCACCACAGCAACAACAACCAGCACAUCCCUUACAGAUGCCCAAUCCCAAUGUAUGGAGCUCACACUUGGGCAAUAUGCAACAACAACAGCAACCGGGUAUGGGGGGCUUACGUCACGAUAACCUUGGCCAACCACAAAAUAUGGCAAAUCAAAAGCCCGGCUAUAGCAGUGGUGGCGGUGGCAGCGAUUGGACCGCCAUGGAUCCAGCCAUACUAUCUUUUAGACAAUUCUCUUUUCCCCAACAGCAACAACAGAAUCAAAUGGGUCCCCCACAAAUGCCACCACCACCACCACAACAGCAGCAACAACAGCCACCACCACAGGAUAUGUUCUUGCAACAUCUUAGCCAACAAGCAGCUGCAGGAUUUGGCUUAGGUGGCGGACCACCAGGUGGCAACGGACAAAUGCCAAAUGGUCAGCAUCAUAAUUCACAGGGUCAUCUGAAUGUCGACGCCAAUGUCCAAGGUAUGCUGGAAUUUCUAAAAACUCAUCAAUUUGUUUAAUUUAGAAAUCAACCCACACACACA